CACAUCGUAAUUUCUUAGUUGAGGAUAACGAAACGUAUGUUGUGUUGUUGUGGAAAAGUGGAAAAAUAAUAUAGAAGUAAUUCUAUCGUUGUGUCGAAAGGAAGGAGAAAACACUUGCAAAGCAAGUGAACUUUUAUUAAAAAUGAGGCCAUUGAUGAAAAGUUUUAGCCAUAUUGCUUUGAUAUGUUUGAUUUUGAUAAAAAAUACUGGCGAAUCCAAGCACUUGCCAAGCUACCAUAUGGAUUCUCUUGAGGAUAAUAUGACGGCAAAGGAACGUUUUAUUAGUGACGUUAGGGCGCUUAUCAAGAGGCAUAUGCAGGAAAACGAGAUAAACAAUUUACACCUGGAAAAUGAUAACAACGCAUUCGGAAAAAAGGAAGGUACUAAUUCGAUGUUUGACAAACCUAUCGCUCCGGCACAUGUACCCACGCCAGUGCUUGUCGAGAACUGGCCAACUGUUCCCCACAGUUUAGGGCAAAUUAGUGCAGUCUCCAUUGAUACAGAGGGCAAUCCAGUCAUAUUCCACCGUGCUGAUAGAUAUUGGGACGCCAGUACCUUCAAUGCAAGCAACGUAUUCCAUAUGAUUGAAGAUGGGCCGAUUAAGGAAAAGACUAUAUAUGUCUUGGAUCCAAAAACGGGUGCCAUUACAUCCGGUUGGGGGAAUGAUCUUUUUUAUAUGCCUCACGGCUUAACCAUAGAUGUUCAUGGAAACUAUUGGAUUACAGAUGUGGCUAUGCACCAAGCGUUCAAGUUUAAACCUUAUGAAGAAAAGCCGCUACUGGUAGUGGGAAAACGCUUCAGACCUGGCUCAUCGGUGAAGCAUUUGUGCAAACCAACCUCAAUUGCUGUAGCUACAACAGGAGAAUUUUUCAUUGCUGAUGGGUACUGCAAUCAUAGAGUUCUGAAAUUCAACGCAGCUGGAAGACUUUUGCGCACAAUACCCCAACCUCCUGAAUUUCUUUCACUGCAAGUCCCACACGCCAUUACACUAUUGGAAAAUCUGGACCUUCUUUGCAUAGCCGAUCGAGAAAAUAUGAGAGUGGUUUGCCCAAAGGCUGGCCUUAAAUCGUCUCAGGGAGAAGGGCUACCAGCAGCCACAAUUCAAGAGCCCGACUUCGGGAGAGUAUUUGGUGUGGCUGCUUACGGAAAUAUAGUGUAUGCCGUAAAUGGACCCACAUCCAUGCUUCCAGUACGAGGUUUUACUUUAGAUCCAAGUUCAGAAUCGAUCAUUGGACACUGGGGCGAUUUCAAAAGUCCCCAUUCAGUAGCAGUGAGCGCGAAUGGGUCCGCAUUGUACGUUACCGAGAUUGGCGCUAAUCAUCAAACUAAUCUCAUCUGGAAAUACAUUUUGGUUUAAAGUAACCAUGCUCUUUUAAGCGUUCUAAUAUGUUAUAAUGAAGUUUACUACCCUAAAGUCCCUGUAGAUAUUUCAAUAUUUUAUUGUUUGAUUUUAACCAGGAUAUUUGAUGUGUGCAAUAUUCUAUUUCUUCGCGUCAACUAAAUAUUAAAUAUAUGUAUGUAUAUGGUGACUUGCUUGGAGGCA